GGAGCGGGGCGGGCGCGGAGCCCCGCGGAGGGGCGGAGAGGGGCGGGCGCGGGUGACGUGCCGAGCGGGGAAGGCCGCCGCCGGUUUAAGAUGUCAGGCCAAGAGGGAAGCGGCUGAGCUGAUGCGGUGCGGGGCUGGGGGGCGGCGCGGCGCGGGUCCCCGCCGAGCGCCCCGCCGAGCGCCGCCGAGCCCCCGCGGCGGGACGGGGGCCGCCGGCCGGGGAGCAGCGGGGGCGCCCUGACGGCUCUCGACGGAGCGGAGCCCCCCGAUAGCUUGCCACCGUGUCCGUCCCCCCCCCGUCCUCUCCCCCGUCCCCGCCAGCGGGGGCUCCCGGCCGCCCCGCCGCUAGCCCCCCGAGCGGCCGCGGGUGCCCCCUUGCCCCCCGCCACCCCUUGGCGCACGCACGCCUCCUCCUGUCAUCCCCCAAGCCGGCGUCCUGUCGCCGAUGAGCUGCAUGAAGGACCCGUUAAGCCUGGAGCGCCUGGGAGCCGGGACUAAGCUGUGCUCCUCCUCACCUUCCUCCUCCUCCUCCUCUUCGUCGUCUUGCCACCACCACCACCAGCCCGCGCUGGCCAUGGCGACGGCGCUGGCGCCGGGGCAGGCUCGCUCCUCCCUGGAGUCCGCCAAGCACCGGCUGGAGGUGCACACCAUCUCCGACACCUCCAGCCCCGAGGCCGCAGAGAAAGAGAAGAGCCAGCAGAGCAAAAGCGAGGAUGCGGGGCCCGAGGACCCCUCCAAGAAGAAGAGGCAGCGGCGGCAGAGGACUCACUUCACCAGCCAGCAGCUGCAGGAGCUGGAGGCCACCUUCCAGCGGAAUCGCUACCCGGACAUGUCCACCCGGGAGGAGAUCGCCGUCUGGACCAACCUCACCGAGGCCAGGGUUAGGGUUUGGUUCAAGAACCGCCGAGCCAAAUGGAGAAAGAGAGAAAGGAACCAGCAAGCCGAGCUGUGCAAAAACGGCUUCGGCCCCCAGUUUAACGGCCUGAUGCAGCCCUACGACGACAUGUACCCCGGCUACUCCUACAACAACUGGGCGGCCAAGGGCCUGACCUCCGCCUCCCUCUCCACCAAAAGCUUUCCCUUCUUCAACUCCAUGAAUGUCAACCCUCUGUCUUCUCAGAGCAUGUUCUCCCCUCCAAACUCCAUCUCCUCCAUGAGUAUGUCUUCAAGCAUGGUACCCUCGGCGGUCACCGGGGUCCCCGGCUCCAGCCUCAACAGCCUGAAUAACUUGAACAACUUGAGCAACCCCUCCCUGAAUUCUGCCGUGCCAACGCCAGCCUGUCCUUAUGCUCCUCCGACACCUCCGUACGUUUAUAGGGACACAUGUAACUCGAGCUUGGCGAGUCUGAGACUUAAAGCCAAGCAGCACUCCAGUUUUGGCUACGCCAGCGUGCAGAACCCCGCUUCCAACCUGAGUGCGUGCCAGUACGCCGUGGACAGACCCGUGUGAGACGCAGCAGCACAAAACACUGCAUGGGAAUCCCUCCCCAAACCCCCCAGAGACUGAGAAACGCGCUAGAAAGUGAUGGGCACUGGAGAGCGGAGAAAGGAGGAGAAAACAGAGAGAGGGAAAAAAAAAAAAAAAAAAGAGAGAGAGGAAAAAAGGAGGGGGGGGGAGGAAAAAAAAAAAAGGAAACCACUGAAAUAAGAUAGUUCCUUUGUUUUCAAAGGACCUCCUACAGAUUCUGAGAUCUUUCGCUAAGAGUAUUUCAGCAGUUACAAGGACAUAUAUAUAUAUAUAUAUGGACAAAUGUUUGACUGGAUAUGAUAUGACAUUUUAAUGUUACUAUAAGCUUGUUAUUUUUUAAGUUUAGCAUUGUUAACAUAAAAAUGACUGAAAGGAUGUAUAUAUAUCGAAAUGUCAAAUUAAUUUUAUAAAAGCAGUUGUUAGUAAUAUCACAACAGUGUUUUUAAAAGGUUAGGCUUUAAAAUAAAGCAUGUUACACAGAAGCGAUUAGGAUUUUUUCGCUUGCGAGCAAGGGAAUGUAUAUACUAAAUGCGGCACUGUAUGUUUCUAACAUAUAAUUAUUAAAAAACAAACAAAAAAAAAAA